CUCCGUAAUCUUCCAGAAAGCAUUUGUCUGCUGAAAUCACUUGUGACCAUUGAUCUCUCAGGCUGCUCAAAGGUCACUAGAUUCCUAGAUAUUUCAGGGGAUGUACAAUUUUUGUACUUAUCUGAAACUGCAAUAGAAGAAAUUCCUUCUUCAAUUGGUCUUCUCCCUAGGCUCACUUGUUUAGAUCUUAUGAACUGCAAGAGGCUCAAGAAUCUUCCCUCUCUUUUUAAGUUGGCCUCUCUUGAAAAGCUUAUUCUUUCGGGUUGCUCAAGCAUCACCGAGUUUCCUCACGUUUCAUGGGAUAUAAAGAAGUUGUUUUUGGAUGGGAUGGCAAUAGAAGAAAUUCCCUCAUCAAUUAAGUAUUUCCCUGAGCUUGUUGAAUUAAGCCUACAAAACUGCAAGAGGUUUCGCCGUCUUCCUCGCACUAUUUGGAAGUUUAAAUCACUGCAAAAGCUUAAUCUUUCAGGCUGCUCCACAUUUAUGAGUUUUCCAAAAAUUUUGGGGGUCAUGGGAUCAUUGAAUUAUCUUUAUCUAGAUGGAACAACUAUAAGUAAUUUACCAUCACCAAUGAGAAAUUUGCCUGGGCUGUUGAGCUUGGAAUUGAGGAGCUGCAAAAAACUUUGUGGGUUGCCAGAGCUGAUCUCAGGGAGAGUUGUCAAAUCGCCUGCAGUGGUAAAGAAAAUACGAUAUCUACGUAAGCUAAAUCUUAGUGAUUGCUGUUUAUUGAAAGUGCCUUAUUGCAUCAGCUGCUUAUCCUCGCUCGAAGAAUUGGAUCUAAGUGGAAACCGUUUUGAGCAGAUACCUGUAAGUAUCAUUAAGCUCAUUGAGCUGCAACACCUUGGCUUAAGAAAUUGCAAGAAGCUAAUAUCAUUGCCAAACCUGCAACCACGCUUAGCAAAAUUAGAUGCACACAAAUGCUGUUCAUUGAAGUCUGUAUCACUUGAUUCAACUGGAAUUGAGGGAAACAUCUUUGAAUUCUUAUUCACUAGUUGCCGCAAGCUGGGUUCAAAUCAAAGGCGCAAGAUCAUUGCGUAUGCCCUAAAAAAAUUUCAGGUCUAUUCAGAAAAACUGCACCAUCAGACAUCGUAUUUACUAGCCAGGGAAUCUAGCUUCUGCAUCCCUUGUGGCAUGCCUGAAUUGGGUUGGGGGAAGUCGACUACAAUUCAGCUUCCUUCACAUUGGGCUAACAGUGAUUUCUUAGGUUUCGUGCUCCUGACUUCUAUUCUCUGUCUCUGUCGCUACAAAUGCAUUGAUGAUCAUGAUUUCCAAGUGAAAUGCAGAUACCAUUUCAAAAAUGAAUUUGAGGACAACAGUGAUCUCUAUUGCUACUACGGUGGCUGGUAUUGUAGACGAACUCUCACUGAUGGGCAUACUUUAGUCGGGUACGAUCCGUGUUUGGAUGUCACAAAAGAUGAUCGAUUUGGAAAUUACAGUGAUGUUACAAUUGAGUUCUUUCCUGUCGACGUGAAUGACCAUCCAUUACAAUUAGGGCAGAGCAUGGAUCGGUCUAAUUCGAUUAUUUAUAAAUCACUAGUACCAUACCAAACCUCGGUUAUUUUAAAAUUGAAGGUAUCAGUACUGUACCAAACAUAA